AUGCCAGCUAUAGUUAUUAAAGACUAUUCUUGGCGUCAAACUGCAGAAUUUGUUAUAUUGAACGUACCUUUGAAAGGCCAUCCAAAAAAAGUUGACUUAUUCGUAAUAGAUAAUUACGUAAAGAUCAGUUUUCCACCAUUCAUAUUAGAGUUAUUUCUUUGGGCUAAUGUUGUUGAAAAAGAAAGUAAAUGUACUUUGACGGAAGAAGAAGCAAUAGUUGCUUUGCAUAAAGCAAACACUAAUUUGGAAUGGCCUACUCUCGAGGUGCAAGAUAUUAACAAUGAUUUUAAACGAGAUUGCCGUACUCAAGCUUUAGAACAUGCUCAGAAACUGGCCGAAGAAAAUAUGAAACUUAAGAGUGAAAAGCGUCAAUAUUUACAAAAGGAAGCAGUGAAAGAACAAAUCAAUGUCAAUACAGCUACACUGAAUAAAAUAGAUGCGAUACGGGACGCACACAGGAGAGAAGCUAUGCAGGAAUUUGAAGACUGGAGAUCGAAAGCUGAACUACCAUUUCUUUCUAAUGUUGAAGGAGAAGUACAAGAAAAUAGAAAAGCUUACAAACCGCCACUAAAAUGGUUUAAAGACAAUGAUAAUGUGUUAAAAUCUCGCCCGAUGACCGAGGAAGAAAUAUUUAACGGUAGUGACACUAUAAAAGAAUUUAAAUCUAAAGCUGUCGACAAUCAGAAGGUUAUAGAAGUACAAUCGGUAAAUAUAAAUCAAGAGAGUAAUCUUCAAAUAGAGGUAUCAGAGAAGAGAGAUGACUCUCUUAUUAACAAAAACAACACCAGUUGUUCUCAAGAUUCUGAUUCAGAUUCGGAUAUAGUAAAAGCGACAAAUAAAAAAGAUUUAAGUAAGGUUUAUGAGAAACAGCAAAAGAGGAGACCAGGAUUAAAAGCUGUAGAAGCUGCGAUACAAGGUAAAAUUUUGAAAAGAAAUAACAUAUUCGAAGAACCUUCAAAAUCAGUACCAUUACCAAGAAAAACAGGUACAAUUAACGUAACAUUUUCGGAACGGAAGUUCCCAACACCGGCUAGAGAAAGCUCUCACGUUGAAGAACAAGAAUGGUUGCAAAAACAAGUAGAAGCAAGACGCAAAAUUGGUUUUAACGCGGAAGAUCUUCGACAGGAAGAACGAGAUCCGCAAUGGUUAAAAGAUAAAGGAGAUGAUUUCUUCAAAGUUGGAAAUUAUCUGGCGGCCAUAAGUGCUUACACAUGUGGCAUUAAGAUUAGUGAUAAAAUGGCAUCUCUCUAUGUGAAUAGAUCAGCAGCACAUUAUGCAUUAGGGAAUUAUUAUAGAUGUGUAGAAGACUGUUCUAAAGCACUAGAACUAAUGGAACCGAAAUGCGAAAGCAAUCGAGAGUCAAGGGCCAGGUGUCACGCUCGACGAGGCGCAGCCCUCUGUAAAUUGUCUGCGCCUCAGCAUGGUAUUCCUGAACUAGAAGCUGCUUUAGAAUUGACACCAAACAAUGAAAGUAUAAAACGUGACGUGUUGGCCGCGAAACAAUACUUCGAUGUAAAAGACUAAUUAAGUGCACAAAUCUGUUUGGGAUCCGGGCAACAUCCGGCCCCUUUGCAACGUGUCAAAACGGUAGAGGCAGGAUAAAAAACUUCGUCCGGACUAGGGCCGACAGUUAGAAGUUCUGCCACUGGUAUAGCUCUCGGUUG